GCCCUCACUCAAAAUGGCGGCCGCGGCGCCGCCUGGCGAGAGGCUCGCGAGACGCGCGGCGGGGCCGGGAGCUGCCCGCUGCAAAUGGCGGGGUGGCGGCCGGCAGGGCUGAGGCGAGGCGGGCGGUGCCGCCAUGGAGCACAUCACUACGCCCAAGGUUGAAAAUGUGAAAUUACUAGAUCGAUAUACAAAUAGGAAGGCAGCAAAUGGGACAUUAUACCUGACAGCUACCCAUCUUAUCUACGUAGAUGCUUCUUCUGAAGUCAGAAAAGAAACAUGGAUUCUGCAUCACCAUAUUGCAAGUGUAGAAAAAUUGCCUCUGACCACAGCUGGAUGCCCCCUCCUUAUUCACUGCAAGAACUUCCAUGUGGCUCACUUUGUUAUUGGGCAAGAACGUGACUGUCAUGAAGUGUAUACCUCAUUGCUUAAACUUUCACAACCAGUGAAACCUGAAGAACUUUAUGCUUUCUCUUACAAUCCGAAAAUGUCAAAAGAUAACCGGGAGAUUGGAUGGAAACUGAUUGAUUUGAAAGUAGAUUACCAGCGUAUGGGAAUCCCAAAUGACUAUUGGGAAAUAACGGAUGUUAAUAAGGACUAUGAGGUUUGCAACACGUACCCUCCAGAAAUAGUGGUGCCUAGGGCAGCGAGUAAGGCAACGGUGAUUGGAAGCUCAAGGUUCAGAAGCAGAGGGCGGAUUCCGGUGCUUUCCUAUUUAUAUAAAGAAAACAAUGCUGCCAUAUGUCGCUGUAGCCAGCCGCUCUCUGGGUUCAGCGCUCGCUGUCUGGAGGAUGAACAAAUGUUGCAGGCGAUCAGAGAAGCCAACCCUGGGUGUGCCUUCAUGUAUGUUGUAGACACAAGGCCAAAGUUAAAUGCCAUGGCCAACCGAGCUGCUGGGAAGGGUUAUGAGAACGAAGAUAACUACGAUAACAUUCGCUUUAAGUUUAUUGGCAUAGAAAACAUCCAUGUGAUGCGGAACAGCUUGCAGAAACUCCUGGAGGUGUGUGAAACAAAGUCUCCUUCAAUGAGUGAUUUCCUCACUGGGCUGGAGAACUCAGGUUGGUUACGGCACAUCAAGGCUGUGAUGGAUGCAGGCGUCUUUCUUGCCAAGGCUGUGAAAGAUGAAAAUGCCAGUGUGUUGGUCCACUGCUCUGAUGGGUGGGAUCGCACGGCGCAGGUCUGCUCCCUGGCUAGCCUCCUCUUAGAUCCGUUUUACAGGACUUUUAAAGGAUUCAUGGUUCUGAUAGAAAAGGAGUGGAUUGCAAUGGGCCACAAGUUCUCUCACAGGUGUGGCCAUUUGGAUGGUGACCCAAAAGAAGUGUCCCCUGUCUUUACUCAGUUCAUUGAAUGUGUCUGGCAGCUGAUGCAGCAGUUCCCUUGCACGUUUGAGUUUAAUGAGCGCUUCCUUCUUGAAAUCCAUGAUCAUGUCUACUCCUGCCAGUUUGGAAACUUCCUUGGGACCUGUCAUAAGGAGCGUGAGGAUCUGAAAAUCUUUGAGAAGACCCAUUCUCUGUGGCCUUUCCUCUUACAGAAGAAGCAGGAAUUGAGAAAUCCAUUGUACAAAGGAUUUACAGCUUACAAAGAGCUUCAACCAAACACACUACCUUUUAGUUUCCAGUUUUGGUGUGGGAUGUACAAUCGCUUUGACAAAGGAAUGCAUCCAAAACAGUGUGUAUUGGAUCAUCUGCUAAGCUGCAUGAGCCAGAAGAUGAAACUAGAGGACAAUGCGUCUGAAUUGGAAAAUAAACUUCCCUUCCUUGAUGGUCCUUUGCCCAGUGAAGCUUGCUCCUUAUCUAAAGUAGGAAGUGCUGCUUCAAAAACACCAAUGCUGAACACUCCCCAGGAUUAUGAAGGGGAACCACCGCCUGUGUUGACCAAUGGUAUCUCAGUGGGGAAUAUGGAUGUUAUGUCAGAUGUGGACCAAAAGAACAAAGAGAACCUGUGUAAUCACCAAGACCUCCAUGAUCUUAACGACACCAAUGUUUUAGACUCUGAAGCUAAGGAAGGAGAACCUCAGUGCCAUUGAUCAGCUCUGAGAAUUGUGUUAAAUGAAGCAGGUGCUUGUGGUGGUGAGGCAUGAGGGAUCUGUGCCCCUGCGACCACCUUUUCCAGCCAAGUGUUUGUAUGUGUGUUGGCAGUGAGCUGUGCCCUCGCUGUAGCAAGCACAGUCUGUGUUUGGUUUGCAUCAUUUUGUGGCUAAAAUGAUGAAGAUGCGUACAGAGCUGCUGAGGCUAUCUUGAGUUAGCGUAAACCUUACUGUUCAGUGGAAAUGAAAAUGUUUAAGGUUAAUAACUGCCUGCCAGUACUUGUACUUGUAUUUCAAGCUGAAAGACAUCGUGGCCAAUUAACGUGGGGUUUAGAAAUUGCACGGUGUUCAUGACUGGAGUAGGAAAGAUGCAAUCCGUUUAUUUUCAGUGGUGGUGCGAGGUUGUAAAUGCCCUUUCAGUUCAUCUAAAAUUGAUUUAAAAAAAAAAAUUUUCUUAGCUUUGAAUGAAUCUCUGUAUGGACCCUCACCUUGUGGCAGAACUGAUUCAUUUUUUGUUUCCUAUGCAUAUUUGUUAAACAAAAACAACAAAAAAAACCUGUGCCUUUUUAUGGAGACCAUUUUAAUGUCUAGCAAUGCAAUGUAGUAUUUUUAUUAUUGUAGUGUAGAGUGUAGUAUUUGGUCGUCUUUGUAGUCAGUAUUUUUAAACACUGUUUUGUAUCUGCUGCCAGCUUCCCAAGGAUCUGUGCUGGUUUAGUAGCUUCAGAGACAAAAUGGUUAUUUCACAUCAUGUGUUGAGUGAUUACAGUGAAUGUCAUCUUGAAUGUUAAAAUCAUGUGAAACCUUAAAGCUGGGUGGUCUGUACUCUCAAGACCUGGGGAAAUGAACAAUUUCCCUCAUAGCGAUGAACUUUGUAACUUUGUGAAGGUGGUGACAAAACCUCGAUCAGGAUGUGACCCAUUAUUGGAUUGAGAAGUGGGCAUCUUGGCUCAUGGCUGUGGCUCCAUCUUGGACUCACUGCAGUGCUCAUUGUGCUGCUUGGUUCCUUUGAACUGCAGUAAGCUCAGCUCAAGAUACUGGUUAAAGUUGAAGGUUUAACACAAAUGUAUUCAUUUACUCCAUUCCAAAGGUUCAUCUCCCCAGGGAAAUGGAUGGCACAGAAAAGCUAUUCUGCAAUACUUGUUCUGGACAAAUUUAUCCUAUGGAUGUGUUUAAUCGCAUAAGAGUCCCUUUGUGCAGCUAAAUUCAGUAGUUUUUUUUGCUCUCUUUUGGAUUAUGUUUAAAUUAGAUGCUGCCAUCAGGUCUUAAAAUCAGGUUUUUACUCUUCUAUAAAAUUCUGAAACAAAAAAAUUUCUAAGUUAGCCCCUCCCAAUCUGCAAUAAAAAGUAAAAGUAGGAACAUUCCGUUAGUCUAUUACAGCACUGCAGUAUGCAAUAGCCAUUGUUUGUGUGCUUAUAAGCUGUCAUGAAAUGAUGAACACUUGAAAACACGUUUUCAAGAAGAGGGGGGAAAAAAAUGAAACAAAAAACCAUCCCAAGUGUCACUUUGGGUAAGAAAAUCUUUAUUUUAUAUCAAAAGACCCAAGUAAGAAGGGCAGUAUCUGAGAAGUUUCUUUGGUGCCUAGAAUGGCAAAGAGAAGCUUUUUCUAAUGUUGCAGGUUUUUAAAUCUUAAAGCAAGUAAUAUUUGUCUGCUUCACAAAAUAGCUGUUUUCCAGGUAUGAGUGAGAGAGCUAGCGUGUGUGCUUGAUUUUCAUAGCGAAGCGCAUAAAAUACUGAUCUAGAUACGCUUACGCUGAAGGUGCUCAACGUUUGUUGUGUGGGUAUGUUGCAACUGCAUGUUGCAUAAUGCAAACAGCUAUAUAUUUUAUUUUGAAGGAUGCACACUUCUGAAUGCAUCAUUUUUGAUCUCAAGAUUAUCUACUGUUGUGUCUCUAUUUAAAAAAAAAAUAUCUGAUUAACAUUAAUCAUGCUUAGCACUAAGCAAGAUAGCCUGCCAGCCCUUGUUUGCCAUACCCAUUUACUCCUCAAGCAGAGAGGUUACACCCAAAUCUUAGUCUUGCUGCUCUAGAUACGCAGGGUUUGAAAUUUUGCUGUAGAUUUCCACUGGAGAGUAGUGGGGUGAUUCUUUCUCUUUGCUUCUUCAUAGCCUAAAAGCUCAGUUUGGCAUAUGCACUUUGCAGUUUGGAGCUCCUUUUAAGCAAACUAGUAGACUAACCCUGUCUUCUCUUUCUAGGUAUAAAAGAGUAGUGGAUAGUAUGCACAAUGUCUUCAGUAGAGAACUCUUCAGUGGUAAAUUGAGACCAAGAUAGGCAUUUCUUAGGACCAGUUAUUCUACGUCAACAGUUUUUUAAUGUACUUUCUAGUGAAAGUUAGAGAUACAGAAUUAUAGACAAUUUUGACUGACUACUGAAGGAUUUAGAUAUACCACUGGUUAAUCUUUGUAUAAAAACAUUUUGCAGGAGGUUUCUAUAAAUGUUUACACACUGCCUUGUCUUUUAAAUUACCAUAGACUAUCUUAAAAAAUGUAUAAUGAACUUUGUUUAUCCCUAAAAUAGGAUGCUGACAUCUCCACAGAUCUUUGACUACAAUAUUACUUCAGGUGCAUAAAACCCUGAAAAGAUUACUUUAUACACUGAAAGUACUUAUAAGCUUUUAAUAAUCUUGAUGCUUUUGACUUAAGUAGCAAAACAAUGUAUGACUUUAUACUUUGAAAUGCAAAACCUAGCCAAAAAAAGGGUAACGAUCUGUCGUCUUAAACUGCUUGGAUUUAAUAUAUACAAGCUUGGCCAAAGCCUACAACAUACUCAAAGUCAUUCAUGCUGGUGCUGUAAAUUUAUGGAGCUGGAAAAGAUAUCAGGGUUUCCUGGAAUUCCAUGAGAUUAUUUGUUUGAAAACCAAUUAGCUAGAAGCAUUUUUUUGUUUUGAAGAUGAACUUUUUGUGUGUUUUUAAGACCAAAAAAUGAAAAGCUGUUCAAAGCACUGCAGCGUGUCCUCAGGUCUCUAAUCAACCAGGAUUGGCUUCCUAGAGUCUUGCAGAAAGCCCGUGUUCUGGUUCCUUAUGGAGUGCCCUGCUGGCAGUGGUGAGUGACUUCGUUAUAUGUUCCCUGAAAACAUUAAAGGGAAAAAUUAAAAACUGUUAGGUAGGAAUUUUCUAUGUGAGCACUGUAGAGGUGAAAAGUUACUCAACUUAUUUAUUCCUAGUGGAGCAUCUGCGUGUUGCGAAGUGAUGAGUACUUUUUUUUUAUUUGGAGCUGUUAACUGAACAAUGCAACUUGCUGCUUUCCAUUUGGAUUCCUCUGCCGGGGAGGAAGAAGGGAUCCUAUUUGCUGUGGGUGGGUUCUGUUCAUGUAAAACUCUUCCCUUUCUGGAGCACUUCCUGCUUUAUCAAGAUAGUCUGUUACGGUGUGCGUAAUGUCUCUUGCUACAAAUAGUUAUGAUAUUGCAAUGGGCAAGUGCCUAUAAUACUCUGCAUUAAAGCUACUCUUCUGAAGUAGAGGAAGGGAUUCGCCUAGCUUUAUUUCGAAGUGGAAUGUCUUAAUGUGAACCUCAUAAUGCUGGAUUCUUAAAUAGUUUUGUUUUGCAGUUGUUGUCUGUGGCAGGGAAAAUCAAACCAGUACUAUCUGACUGCUUUACAGGAAAAAGGGAAUGCUUAGUUUGGCCACAGGUGUCGUAGUUCCCAGUUGGCCCUCUUCCACAGCAGAGAUAAAGCUGUUUAGAAGAGCCUAUGAGCGUAAUAUCCUUUUAGCUGUGUUCUGUUCCUGCUCUGAGUGCAUGCCUGUCAUUUACAUGCUUAGAAAGAGGCCACCAUAUGGGUGUUGUUGAUACAUGAAACUACUUGGACUGGAAUAGAGAAGGAGAAUUGCUUCUAGGUCACUGGUAAACUACAGCGAGCUUCUCAGGUCCUGGUGAGAGACCUUUGCUGGGAGCUGAAGGUGUACAGAACUUCCCAGGAUCACAGCUGUUAGACCUUCAUGGGUUGCAGGUAGAAAUACCCACAUUGGUGAAGGGCCCUGUGCCUGCUGUUUCCAUUGGCUUUAGGGAUCAUGAGCCCUGGUAGGCACUCAGCAAGUACCCUUGCAUCUGAGAAGCCUGUAACGUGUGCAGGGAAAGCAUUUAAAAGAGCUCUUCUGCCAGGUGCUGCUUCAGUUCACUUUUAUGGCCAAGCUGGCCUUUGGGUCGCUCCAGUGCCUGGCAGUUGCUCCCCCAAAGGGAUAGCUUCUUGGCACUGCUUAGUAACGAAUAGUCAUGAGUGACCAAAAGAGAUGAAAAUGUUGUUUCUCUGUUCUCCCCUUCACCACCACUUUGAGUGCUGGGAUCAUUUUUUGAUAAACCCAAUGGUCGUUAGAAGCUGAGGCAGUUCCUUGUUUACAUACUGCCCCUCUUGCACACAGAAGCACUUCCCAUGCCUGAAAUCUGGGGUGGGAGGAAGUAAUCUGUUCUGAAUGCAGUAGUUUUGUUUUUAAUUAAUACACAGCACUUCAUUAAUUGGAUGAGGAAUGUCCCAAAACAGGUAAAGUCCAUGUUUUAGUAUCUUCAACACUAGUUGUAGCCAGGUCAGUGCCAACUGCAGUCAGUGUAAUUUGUUAGGGUGAGCAUUUAAACACGCAGUCCUGUCCUUUUGGUAUCCCUUGAACUACCAAGGCAAUGCAGAAGGAAGGUAGGCGAAAAUGGUUGACCUGAUAUCGUAACAGCGGCCUGUGUGUGUAUGCCUGUACUCAAUGUAGCAGCAUCCUACUGGAACAACUUGUAGCACUGGACCUAGUCACAUGCAUUGGAGCACAAUAUGGUACUUUUCUCAUCAUCACCAAGUGAUCUUUGUAGGAACUUACCUAAAUGUGUGUGUAGUAUGCAGCUGAAAGUUUUAAAUGUUUUUGCUGUUUCUAUAAGUCAGUUGCUGUUGUUGUCCUUAGUGUAAUUGAUGAGGGACAUCUGUAUAAAACUGUGUAUGAAUAAAUCCCAUGUUCUUGAAUGUGUUGCAAUGGCUGUACAUAUGUAAGUCAUUUUAGUUAAUGCACUGCUUAAAAACAUUGUACCGUGUUUAGAGGAGCACUGUGUCCUUUCUCUAAAUGUAUUUGUCUCAUGAAGUUGCAUUUGUACUACGGUUUAUUUUUAUUUCUUACAAAAAUAAAUACCUUGCCUUUUUAAAGGAAAUGAUUGAUCUGUUUGUUAAUUAAACUCAAAGCAGAACUUCAUGUUUUGAAGUAUAAAUGCAUUUAAAGACUCUUAAGUAGUAAUCUUACCUUAAUGUGAUUCCACUUCUUUUACAGAAUAAAAAGUAGGUGACCUCGCUGGAUUCAGAGAGACUGUUGGGUACACAGUGCUGCUUGGUGUCUUUACUCUUGUUUUAUGAUGAUGGUGAUUAAGGGGUGUUAAAGCUUAGUACCUUCUGUACAUGUUUUAGAUUGCUUUUCUUUUUAUAUAAAAACUAUAUAAAACUAUUAGUU